AAAGAAAAACGUCUACCAGAAGAGGGUGGUUCUGAAGAACUUCAUAAGUUUUUUUCGAAUGUGAAGAACAUUGCUGCAUUUGCGCAAUGUGUGUACCAAGUUAUGAAUGAGUUGCCUUACGCAAAUUCCAAACAAUUACUAUUUUUAAAUGCUCUUGAAGAAUGUGUGAACGUUCCCAAUAAAACAAACAUUCAUGAAAUGAUAUUUAUUGCAUUUAAAAAUUCUAUUAAUGUAAUUGAUUUUGAAAGUUUGGGGAAUUUGGCUCCAAUUUUAUCUUUUAUUAUAGAUUUCGAUGAUCCUGAUCGGCAAAUUCAUGACUAUUUUCGUUCAAUGUUUGCUAACAAAUACGAAGAAUUAAGCAAAGUGAAAGAACCAAUUUUUUCAGCUGAAGUAGAAGAAUUUUUGAAAAAAUAUGCUGAAAAUAAAAAGGCACCAUCAAUUCGUAUUACCGAUGAUUUAUUAAUUGUAGCCAGAACGUGGGCAAAACUUACUAUAGAUAGCUUUAUCGAAGUUAUUACUAAUGAUCUUCAUGAUAAUAUAUCGGUUAUUUGGGGUGACAGUGUUGAUCAAGCAACAAAGAAUUGUAAAACCGUAACAAUUGAUCAAAGGCUUUUAAAAAAGUCUACAACUAAUUCGAAAGAAAAAUCACAUGGAAAACGUCCUGAUUCAAGAAUUUGUUUGAGUGAUGAAGAAAUAACAAUUACACUUGCUUAUUGUGAAAUUGCCGGUCCACCCUUUAACAUAAUUGAUGAAUUCAAGUGGGAAUCUGAUC